AUGUUGUGUGUCCCCCCCCCUCCAGUUGCAGCCCUGACAGAGGCGCUGGAGGCAGAGAAGGAGAAGAAGCUGCUGAAUGUGGCCUCCCGCUCCUUCCUGCUGUACAACGAAGCCCACCGCCUGUGCGUCGAAGCCAGCGGGCAACGACUGACGGCAACAACGUGCCGGCCCGAGCUCAUGGCACAACGCUUCCAGUGGUCACCCGAGGGCCAGUUACGGGCCUGGGAGAGCCAGCGCUGUGUUACGGCAACCCGGGGGCAAAACCUGGCCCUCGUCAGGCUGGAGGAGUGCCGGGAGGACGGGCAGCUGCAGCGCUGGGAGUGCCAGGCCGGCGGGCUGUUGGCCCUCCGCGGCUACGAGCUGUACUUCAACUACGGCAACAACCUCCAGCACACGGUGAUGCUCUACACCGGCGACCGGGAGUGGAGCCGCUGGGUGGUCCACGGGAGCAAGGACAACGUCUGCUCCCUCUCCUGCUGUCCCCCUUGCUCCAAAGGCUGGACCUAUUUUGGGAAUUCCUGCUACUUCUACUCCAAAACGGAGAGUUCCUGGGAAAACGCCCAGAGCUUCUGCUCGCUCCUGGGCUCGAAGCUCCUGGAGGUGGACAGCCCCGAGGAGAAGGGUCACGUCCGGACCAUGCUGCAAAGCUCCUCCUGGCUCGGCAUCAAGGAUGAGGAGGUCGAGGGCACCUGGAAGCGAGCGGAUGGGACGAUCUUAUCCCGGGAAAACAGCUCGUGGCACAGGAACGAGCCCAACGGCGGGCGCCAGGAGAACUGUGCGGUGGUGAGGGAGGACGGCGAGUGGUACGACUACCCUUGCACCAGCAAACUCUCCUGGGUGUGCGAGGGACACCCCUGAGACUGCAAGGGACACCCC